CUCCUCCCGCUUCCCUCCGCCUCUUCCCUCCGCCUCCUCCGUCUCUCUGGGCCUGAGGCCGCCUGGCCCGGGGACUCCUUCCCUCCUCGGUCGGGGAGAGAAGCAGAACGACGACGAGGAGGAGGAGGCGGCCCAGGAGGAGGCGGCGGCGGGUUCCCACCGUCCCUCAAGGAGAAGAAGGAGAAGCAGAAGCAUCCGAGUCUCUCCUCCGCCAUGUAUUCCGCGGGGGGCUCUUCCCCCGUCGCGGGAGCCGCCGGGCCCGUCCUUGCAACACCGCCACCUCUGCCACCUCCAAUACAGGCAUAUGCAUUCAAGCCUCCUCCUCGACCUGACUUUGGGACUUCAGGGAGAACAAUCAAACUGCAAGCCAACUUUUUUGAAAUGGACAUUCCCAAAAUUGACAUAUAUCAUUAUGAAUUGGAUAUAAAGCCAGAGAAGUGCCCUAGGAGAGUUAACAGAGAAAUAGUUGAACACAUGGUACAGCACUUUAAAGCACAGAUAUUUGGGGAUCGCAAGCCAGUAUUUGAUGGAAGAAAAAACCUCUACACAGCUAUGCCGCUUCCAAUAGGGAGAGAUAAACAGGUGGAAUUGGAGGUGACGUUGCCAGGAGAAGGGAAGGACAGGAUAUUCAAGGUGGCGAUAAAGUGGAUGUCGGGCGUCAGUCUGCAGGCCUUACACGACGCUCUCUCCGGCCGUCUUCCAAGCGUCCCUUUUGAAACGAUACAGGCGCUGGAUGUGGUCAUGAGGCACCUGCCUUCCAUGAGGUACACUCCUGUGGGCCGGUCCUUUUUCACCGCAUCCGAAGGCUGCUCCAAUCCCUUGGGAGGGGGCAGAGAAGUUUGGUUUGGAUUUCAUCAGUCAGUUAGGCCUUCACUGUGGAAAAUGAUGCUUAACAUUGAUGUAUCGGCAACAGCUUUUUACAAGGCGCAGCCAGUAAUUGAAUUUGUAUGUGAAGUUCUGGAUUUCAAAAGCAUUGAAGAACAACAGAAACCUCUGACGGAUUCCCAAAGGGUUAAGUUUACCAAAGAAAUUAAAGGUCUGAAAGUGGAAAUCACUCACUGCGGGCAAAUGAAGAGAAAAUACCGAGUAUGCAAUGUUACCAGACGACCAGCAAGUCACCAAACAUUCCCACUUCAGCAAGAGAGUGGACAGACUGUUGAAUGCACUGUAGCUCAAUAUUUUAAGGAUAGGCACAAGUUGGUUUUACGCUACCCUCAUCUUCCAUGUUUACAAGUUGGACAGGAGCAGAAACACACAUACCUUCCCUUAGAGGUCUGCAACAUUGUGGCAGGGCAGAGGUGUAUAAAGAAGCUGACAGACAAUCAAACUUCCACUAUGAUAAGGGCAACUGCUAGAUCGGCACCGGACCGUCAGGAAGAGAUUAGCAAACUGAUGCGAAGUGCAAGUUUUAAUACUGACCCUUUUGUCCGGGAAUUUGGCAUUAUGGUGAAAGAUGAAAUGACGGACGUGACUGGUCGGGUGCUGCAGCCUCCUUCAAUUCUCUAUGGAGGCAGGAACAAAGCAAUUGCUACACCAGUUCAAGGAGUUUGGGAUAUGAGGAACAAACAGUUUCACACUGGCAUUGAAAUAAAAGUCUGGGCAAUUGCUUGCUUUGCUCCGCAGCGACAGUGCACUGAAGUCCACCUUAAGUCUUUCACAGAACAGCUAAGGAAAAUAUCCAGAGACGCAGGGAUGCCCAUCCAGGGCCAGCCCUGUUUCUGUAAAUACGCCCAGGGAGCUGACAGCGUGGAGCCCAUGUUCCGGCAUCUAAAGAACACCUAUGCUGGGUUGCAGCUUGUGGUAGUCAUUUUACCUGGAAAAACGCCAGUUUAUGCGGAGGUGAAGCGUGUUGGGGACACGGUGCUGGGCAUGGCCACGCAGUGCGUGCAGAUGAAAAAUGUGCAACGGACAACGCCACAAACCCUGUCCAAUCUGUGCUUAAAAAUCAAUGUCAAAUUGGGAGGCGUAAAUAACAUUUUACUGCCUCAGGGAAGACCCCCAGUCUUCCAGCAGCCUGUAAUUUUCCUGGGUGCAGACGUCACUCACCCACCAGCUGGAGAUGGGAAAAAGCCAUCCAUCGCUGCUGUUGUAGGCAGCAUGGAUGCCCACCCGAACCGAUACUGUGCCACUGUGAGGGUCCAGCAGCAUCGCCAGGAGAUCAUCCAGGAUCUGGCUGCCAUGGUCAGGGAGCUGCUGAUCCAGUUCUACAAGUCGACGCGGUUCAAACCUACCCGGAUCAUUUUCUACAGGGACGGCGUUUCCGAGGGGCAGUUUCAACAGGUUCUCCAUCACGAAUUGCUGGCUAUCAGAGAAGCGUGUAUUAAGCUAGAAAAGGACUACCAGCCUGGGAUUACAUUCAUUGUCGUGCAGAAGAGGCAUCAUACCAGGCUGUUUUGUACAGACAAAAAUGAACGGGUUGGGAAAAGUGGCAACAUUCCAGCAGGUACAACAGUGGACACAAAAAUCACCCACCCGUCAGAGUUUGACUUCUAUCUGUGUAGUCAUGCUGGUAUUCAGGGAACAAGCAGACCAUCUCAUUACCACGUUCUCUGGGAUGACAAUCGUUUCUCUUCGGAUGAGCUCCAGAUCCUCACCUACCAGCUGUGUCACACGUACGUUCGCUGCACCCGCUCUGUUUCCAUCCCUGCACCAGCAUACUAUGCACACCUGGUGGCCUUCAGAGCCAGGUAUCAUCUGGUGGAUAAAGAACACGACAGUGCUGAAGGGAGUCAUACUUCUGGCCAGAGCAAUGGCAGAGAUCAUCAAGCACUUGCAAAAGCUGUUCAGGUUCAUCAGGAUACAUUACGCACCAUGUACUUUGCCUGAUAUUGCUGCAAUGAUUUCAGUAACUCGCCUCGGAGUUGGAUUCACGGGAGACCAGCUGCACUUAGACCAACAGUUGCGCAAGCUACAGCGACAGCCAGCAAUGAGUGAUGCAUCUUUUAUUUUAUUUUUUAAAUAUAUAUAUUAUAGGUUUUUUUUUCCAUUUGCAAGGAAGCCUUCCGUCCGGAAUUUCAGACUUAAUUGCAAACUGCAGACCUGUUUGUUCAAAAUUGCACAGCAGUUAGAAGUGUGGAUUUGCCAAAAUCAAAAGCUGCUUGUCAGGAGGAAAGGAAAAAAAAAAUCAGAACCCAUCUUUCAUAACUAUAUCUAGAGCUGUGAUCUCAGGGCUAAAAAAAAAAAAAAAUACGUCUCAUUGAAUUAUGCCUUUCCAUAUAUAUCUGCAUUGUCACUGAUAUGAGAAAUACUCAAGUUCAGGCUUAUUGGGCUUGAGAAGAAACGAUGAGUUUGCUUUGAUUCCUGAAAAGAGAUCAGAAUAUUAAUUUUGGGUGCCAUUGAGAUGUUUGCUCGUUCCGGAUGCAUUCACAAACGUUCUAUCACUGAGAAACGAAAAGAGAAUCCCUGGGCUGUCUUUAGCUGUCUUAUGGAGGAACAGUCUGUGGGGGUCUAUGGGCAAAAAACGUAUUUUUUGGGAGUUUGCUCUUGAAUGUCUUUCACUGUGCUGUUAAAAUUCUUCUUCUUUUUGUAGAAUGAAUUAUGAUGGAUUUAUUUCAGUUAGGGAAAGGAAUUUAUGUAUACUUUAGGAAUAGGUCCAUUGAAAACUUAGCAAAGUGUGCCAUUUUUUUUUUAAAAAAAGAGAUGUAUUUUUUUCUUUUCCUUUUAAAGAAUCCAUUUUGAUUACUAAUCAUGGAGUUGGUCCUAUAGGACUGUGACACUUAAUUUUCCAAAGCUUUUUCUAAAGAAUACGGGUCUGUUGGUGAUACAGUACAAUCUUUUUCACUAUUAUGUUUGAAUUAAUGUAAAAUUUUGUAUGUGUUUCACAGUAUUAACAUGAUAGACUAGAUGCUAUUUAUUUUUAUUUACUAAGGAGUGCUCAACGUAGUUCUGUUAACAUAUCAUUGGUCGAGAGGCUUUUUUUUUUGGAUUUUGGAAAAGAGAAACUUAUUAUCAUGUGGUCACUAGUGAUUUAUUUGGGUCUGAACUCACCAACCAUGACAUUUGUCAGUCAGUCUGUGUUUAGUUUUGGAAUGAAUGGAGGAGGAUGCAUUGUAGCAGUAGGAAUAUGCAAGGAACGUACAACAUUUAGAGCAGUGGUUCUCAAUCUGGGGUCCCCAGAUAUUUUUGGCCUUCAACUCCCAGAAAUCCUAACAGCUGGUAAACUGGCUGGGAUUUCUGGGAGUUGUAGGCCAAAAACAUCUGGGGACCCCAGGUUGAGAACCACUGAUUUAGAGGUUCUUUCAGGAAGGACUACUCGAUGGGUAAACUCUUCAGCUCGAAAACUUUGUUUUUAUUUUAAGCAUAGACAUGGAAGAACAAUUCCUGACACAUCCAAGCACAAAUAUGAUUUUUCUGUCUUUAUCGUUGUAGAAGUUGAAGGAAAGGAAACUGGUAUUUUAGUUGAGGAGGGAUAUGUUGAUCUUAGGCAGAGGAUGAACAAAACAGCGUCCUCUUUGAAGAUGUAUUGUUUCAGAGUUCUGGAAAUAAAAGCUUCUGUUUGUACACGAUGACUAGACAUGACUCUUCAGAGCUUCUGUAUCAGACAUGGGCAAAGUUUGGCCCUCCCUCCAGGGGUUU